UUACAAAAACAUAGACUAUUAAACAUUGCUCAUAAAUAGAAGAUACAUCGCAUUAAAUCCUAGGUAUACAAUUUUAUCAAGAAUAAUAGAAGUGUUCUUGCAAUUUUAUGGUACAAUUUGUGAAAUUCAUAAUACAAUUGACGUUUUUAUUAUAAUACAAUCUAUAUAAAAACUAAAGUACGUAUUAUGAGUCUUAGUUCAAUCGCUAACUAUUAAUAUGAAGAGGCAAAACGUUCGUACCUUAUCUUUGGUCGUUUGUACGUUUACAUAUUUGCUUAUUGGCGCUGCUGUUUUCGACUCACUGGAGUCGCGCACGGAAGCAAAGAGAUGGGAGUUUCUACAAGCUGUUAAAAGCAAUUUCGUUAAAAAGUAUAACAUCACCGCCGAAGACUAUCGGAUGAUGGAAAUAGUGAUCAUCGAGAAUAAACCGCACAAAGCCGGUCCGCAGUGGAAAUUUGCCGGUGCGUUUUACUUUGCGACUGUAGUUCUGGCUAUGAUUGGUUAUGGGCAUUCAACGCCAGUGACAAUCGGUGGUAAAGCGUUCUGCAUGGCAUACGCAAUGGUAGGCAUUCCGUUGGGCCUCGUCAUGUUCCAGUCAAUUGGAGAACGUUUGAAUAAGUUCGCGUCGGUAAUAAUACGACGGGCUAAACGUUAUAUGCACUGCACUCAAACCGAGGCAACAGAAAUGAAUUUAAUGUUAGCGACGGGUAUGCUAUCGUCCAUCAUUAUAACCACUGGCGCAGCAGUAUUUUCACGCUAUGAGGGCUGGAGUUAUUUCGACAGUUUCUAUUACUGCUUUGUGACGCUCACAACCAUCGGAUUCGGUGACUAUGUGGCGUUGCAAAACGAUCAGGCGCUGAUCAAUAAACCCGGCUAUGUUGCGCUCAGUUUGGUGUUUAUUCUAUUUGGACUUGCAGUAGUCGCUGCCAGUAUCAAUCUGCUAGUGCUUCGCUUCAUGACCAUGCAAGCCGAAGAUGCAAAACGCAACGAACAGGAUGCUCAAGAAGCCGCAGCCACUGCUUUCUCCAAUCGACAACUAGCCUACGAUGUGGAAUCCAGUAACUUUAAUAUGCAUGGCAAAUUGUUACUGAACUCAAAUUAUACCACGGAUUUCGAUGAAACUUUAUCAAUUUGUUCAUGUACUUGCCUUGGAGGCACAAAAUGUCUAAAUCAUGAACCCUUUGUUGAUCCUGAUUUUCGUCCUACUGAUAUCAUUGAGAGUACCCUGAGUUUAAAACGUGCAUCGGUUUGAUAUAUGGUAACAAUACUAUAAUGAUUUAUUGAACAAUGUUAAAUUGUCAUAUGUAGAAACGCUUACAGACAGAUAAGCGGAGGAUAUCAAACAAGGUUGAUGAACUAUAUAGUUAUAACAAGCAGCAAUUAUUACUUUUUUUCCAACGGUUGCCCACUUCCACCCAUCAGAGUGUCAGAUGUAAAACUAAAUUUAUCAGCUUAUUAAAAUGUAUUAUACAGUGCAAUCUAAACUGGCAUACGUUAUGAGUUAAGAGAAGAUUGUAUAGUAUUUUUUUGUUUCAAUAUAUAUUCGAUAUAUCGUGUAGUUUAAUACCUUAUGAAACAACAAAAAUUCCAAAAAGAGCUGUAACAUAAAUAGUUUCAAAAAUACUGACUAAUUUACAGUUUUUGGGUAAAAAAAUGAAAACAAGUUUGUUCUUCAGUCAGAGGCAUCGCUCGAAAAUCAUAAAAUUCUGGCGCAUUUAGAGUUUUAAUAACAGUCAGCUAGAAAUAUUUAGUAAAUGGGCACUUAGAAAAUUUUUGGACCAAUUUCACUUAGAUAUUUUACACAUGAGCGUAUCGCUCAUAAAGCCAAAUCGAAGAUCAUAGGCACUAAGAUCCUGACAUCAAGCAUUGCAAACCUACUGUAUUAUUAAAAAAGUUAAAUUACUGUUAUUGGAAACCAAAAAUUAAUAAAAGCAAAUACAACGUCUCAACAUCAAGAACAUUUUGGUAAUUCCUCCAAAGUAAUAAGUUGGCAAAAUAUGGAAAUUUGUCUGACUCGAAAUAUAUUUAGAAUCUAAAUAUUAUAUAUAAGAAAUAUGAUUUUGUAAAGUUCCAUUUGUUAUAAAGAAUUUUAUUAAAGUAACAAAUACUUUGCAAAAAAACACUCACUCUCAUUUUCAGUAUUUUGUGGAAGUAACGUAUCUUUUUAAACUCAAUAAACAGAGCGAUGUUUUGGAAUUUUUUCACACAAAACAUAUUUUGAAAAGAUUUUAGUCAGACAAGAGCGUAGUAAAUUAGUUUUUUAAAUUGCAAAACCGGUCCAGUGAUCAAUUAUAAUCGAAAGUGUACUAAGACGACGAGCACUGCAAUUUUAUAUUACUUUUCCAUACGCUAAAUUUUAACCUAAUAUUCAUUUCCAA